UCCAAUCGUCGUGUUAUCAGACGGAAAGCCUCACAGAGUAGUGUGUGAGGAGAUUCGGUACAGCUUCUCUCACAUUUUACUUCAAGUCGUGUAGCAGUAUGUCUUUUCUCGAAGAAAGUAACUAUGAAAAGAAACGAAAUAUUGCAAUUGCAACAAACCAGGAGAUGUUCGCCAGUCUUUUUCCCGAAGGAGUUCGAUCUUUGUACCCGCCAGCAACAACUUCGCAGCCCUCCAUCAAGAAGAACAGAGUGGAGCGUAGACAAUCCGAAGUUCCAUUACUCAGAAGACGACUUCCUAAACGUAAAUGCAGAUCCUUUGUCGGAAAAUAUGACUCAGAGAAAGGUGAAGACGAAGAAGACAUGGAGGUAGAAAAUGUUCGCUCUCCAAACACUCUUAUAAUCAAGUUGUGGCCUUCGCGCAGUUCCAAGAUGCAAAGUUCAUCUGGAAGCGAAGAUUCAGACAGUUCAACGAAGCGAAAGAGACCGGCUCCAAAACGACCAACUAUGUGUCCUGUCCAAAUUACCGAAGAUGAUUUAAUACUGGUGGCAGAACGUGUGUGCGACAAAAAAUAUGAUCAGAUGAAUGGAUCCUCGUGUCACCAGUGUCGUCAGAAAACAGACGAUCUGAAGACAAUAUGUCGGAGCUCGAACUGUAUUGGAAUACGUGGGCAAUUCUGCGGACCUUGCCUCAAGAAUCGGUACGGGGAAGACGCCAAGAAAGCCUUAAUGGAUCCAAAGUGGCAGUGCCCUUCUUGUCGCGGAAUUUGCAACUGCAGCUUUUGUAUGAAGAAACGAGGUCGAAGAUGUACUGGCAUAAUGAUCCAUCUGGCUAGAGAGCGCGGAUUCAAAGAUGUGAAAUCCUUCUUAGGUGACUGAAAUGGACUAGGCGGUAAACACAAACGUUCACAUCAGCUAGUUUUUGUUUUACAGUGAAAAAGUCUGAAAGUUUUUGCUAGUUUUUGUCUGAAAGAGUCCUUUUUACUUUUAACUGAAUUGAUUGCUAAUUAAGUUUUUUGCAUGGAAUAUUUUAUGUUAGAAAUUUGCGGUUUGAAAUUUGAAUUAUUAAUCAUUGAAUGAAUUAACCUUCUUGAAUAAUAUGCUCAAUAUGUUUCCGAGAACUUACCAGUACUCUUCAAUUUUAUAUAUGAUAUAUAUGUAUACGAUCUAGUGAAAUUAAUGUUUUAAUAUAUAUCUAUGUAUGCAUUUACCAUAGCACUGUUAAGUCAAGAAUUGCAUUUGAGUAAGUGGGAAAUUAUUCUCACUCAGUAUACAAAGUACAUAGCUGUUGUAAGAUUAGAUGUCUGUUGCAUGGUUAAAGUAUGCGUCGUAGUUUUUAUGGCUGUUGUAUGUAACUGCGCAAGAGGAGCACUUGAGAGUGUUGCUGUUGGUUUACAUAGACUUGUCUCAUUUUCAGAAAAAAACAGACAGGAGCUCACUGGCUUUCAUUGAUUGUAAUUGAAAUUUAGGAAAUAGUUAGAUCACUCAGGCUGUCAUUAAAAGUGCUAAGGAA